GGAAAAUCCUAUCAUCUGUGCUCAUAUUCAAUAUAAUGAACAUGUACAUAUUGAAUAUGAUAAACCUCAAAUAGAGAGUAACAUUAAAACUCGAAAGAAUAAGUGUUUAAAUUUCAAUUGCGAUACUAUAAACUGA